AUGGAAGAGGUGAGCAGAGAAAACAUUGGCCUGUUGAAGAAGCCUUCUUUGGAUGCCAGUCCUCCUGGCUUAUCCUCUGUUGGAGCUGUUUUUAUCCUGCUGAAGUCAGCUCUGGGAGCUGGACUCCUAAACUUCUCAUGGGCUUUCAGUCAAGCAGGUGGUAUCACCCCUGCCUUAAUCAUGGAGCUGGUGUCUUUAGUCUUCCUCAUCAGUGGUUUGGUCAUCCUGGGCUACUCGGCGUCCGUCAGUGGCCAGUCUACCUACCAGGGUGUGGUGAGAGUGCUCUGUGGACCAGCCAUUGGGAAGCUCUGCGAAAUCUGCUUCAUUGUAGAUAUGUUCAUGAUUUCUGUGGCCUUCCUGAAGGUUGUGGGAGAUCAGAUGGAAAAAUUGUGUGAUUUCUUCUCACCAAAUGAAACACUCAGUGGGAGCGUCUCCACUGUCCCUCAGCCCUGGUAUACAGAUCAACGCUUCACCAUGUCCAUUCUCUGUGUCCUCAUCAUUUUCCCACUGUCCGCUCCUCGGGAAAUCAGCUUCCAGAAAUAUACAAGGGACUUGCCAUCUGCCUGCAUACCUGCAGAUGGAUUGCGUAAUCCAGCCCGCAAACUGCCUCGGAUGAUCCAGGGUCAUGUUUAUGCCAUGAUGAAAUACCGGAGUUGGACCCGAAUGUGUCACGAAGCCAGUGUAUCCAUCUACUGUAGCAUGUACAACCAAAACCUCUCCCAUUGGACCCUAGUGUCUGUGGCCUCCAUGCUAGCCUGCUGCCUCAUCUAUUCCCUGACAGGGCUCUUUGGUUUCUUGACUUUUGGAGAUAAUGUUUCUGCUGAUGUCCUGAUGUCCUACCCAGGCAAUGACAUCACGGUCAUUGUUGCCCGAUUCCUCUUUGGUGUCUCUAUUGUGACCGUCUACCCGAUUACUCUCCUCCUGGGCAGGUCAGUGAUACAGGACUUCUGGUUGAGUUGCUCCAAUGUCUGGGGCUGUGAAGAGUGUGUAGACCCUUCAGAGACCUGGGUCCGAGUACUGUUGACAGGCCUGUGGGUAGCCACUACGCUUUUGUUGGCUCUGUUUGUCCCAGACAUUGGGGAGGUGAUUAAGGUCAUUGGGGGCAUCAGUGCCUUCUUCAUCUUCAUCUUCCCAGGGCUGUGUCUCAUUUGUGCAGUAGACACCGAGAACCUGGGGCCAAGAAUCAGGUCCAGCUUAAUCUCCUGGGGUGCAGUCUCCAUCUUGGCUGGAGCCUUUAUUUUUGGGCAGAGCACGAGUUCUGCCAUCUUGGAUCUGUUCUAA